AGUCCAGUGUGUGCUGGGUCCAGACAGCGAUAUUGAUUACAGUCUGUUAGAAGGGAGUUAUAUUAAGAUUGUCUUUAUAAGAUAACAUGUAGGAUUUAGCGUUUGUGCCGAACUCCAAAGCGCAUUAUGACUGAAAAGGAAAAUAUCCAGAAAUCUGAAAAGAAGCUAGACGGUUAUUAUUUUGUUAGGCGCUAAGAAACUUUAUUCAGUUUUCACCGGAGUCUUGAAAAUGUUACUCUACAGAACUUCGUCAACUUUAAGACUGGUUGCCGUUUUACUGAGUUUUUGGAUUCACCAGAGUACUUGGAAAGCAGUGGAAACGAUUCAUCCAGCAUGUGAUCUGGUGGCUGAACAUAUGAAGGCUCAGGAAAAAUGCAUUCAAACACAACGACGAGAGGCCAAAAGUCACAAUAUCACUGGAUGCCGCACCGAGCGAGAUGAAUUUUGGUGCUGGUACAAGGCAGAAGUUGGACAGGUGGUGAAUGUUUCAUGUUCUGAAGUCUCUCAGUUCUUCGCAAAAAACCAUGGUUACAUACUCAGGAUUUGCACUGAAGAUGGUUGGACAAAAACCUACCCAUCUUAUGAGAAUGCUUGCGUGUAUGCAGAGGAUGUGGAAUCAGACACAGAGACCACAUACUUUUCCACUUUCAAGCAUGUGUACAGUGCAGGUUAUGCCACCUCUCUGAUUUCCCUAAUCUCUGCCAUCAUUGUGUUUACAGCCUUCAGAAAAUUCCACUGCACCAGAAACUACAUCCACAUGAAUUUGUUUGUGUCCUUUAUCCUGAGAGCAAGUGCAGUAUUCAUCAAAGACGGGGUCCUAUUUGCAGAUGAAAAUCAGGACCACUGCACCAUGUCAUCAACCUCGUGCAAGGCGGUAGUGGCUUUCUUCCAGUUCAGUAUUCUGGCUAAUUAUUUUUGGCUGCUCGUCGAGGGGAUGUAUCUUCAGACUCUUCUAGCUCUUACUUUUGUCUCACAGAAGAAAUAUUUCUGGUGGUACAUCCUUAUUGGUUGGGGUCUUCCAACAGUAACGUUGACCAUUUGGGUUCUGGCAAGGAAUUUUUUUGACAACCACGGGUGCUGGGAUGACACAGAUAUUCCUUACUUCUGGUGGAUCAUCAAAGGACCAAUCACAGUUUCUCUCUUGAUCAAUUUCUUCAUCUUCAUAAAUGUGAUCCGGAUUCUUGUGCAGAAGCUGAAGUCUCCAGGAAUGGGAGGGACUAAUGAUACCAGUCACUUUAUGAGACUGGCCAAAUCAACUCUUUUCUUGAUUCCUCUGUUUGGCAUGCACUACAUGGUGUUCGCGUUUCUGCCAGAGAACACAGGCGAGAACGCACGCCACUUCCUUGAGCUCGGCCUUGGAUCUUUUCAGGGUUUUGUGGUCGCUCUGUUAUACUGCUUUCUCAAUGGAGAGGUACAAGCGGAACUAAAAAAGAGGCUGUGGAAGUGGCAGACGCAAAGUUAUUUGAGAUACAGUAAGAGAAGACGAACCCUCUUUACUGAGAGCAGCACGGUCACACAAAUCUCAGUUUUAGAGAAAUCCAGUCCAAAGGAGCUGCCCUUAGUUGAGCCCCAGAACAGUGUGUCCACUGUCUGAGACAAGGAGAGUGACAACUUUUGAUUUCUCUCUCCAUAUCUGUGUCUUUCUCACUGUCUUUCUCUUUCAUUUACACUUUUCAGCUAAAGGGGAAAAUUUAAAGGCGGGGUGCAUGAUCUCUGAAAGCCAAUGUUGAUAUUUGAAAUCACCUAAACAAACCCGCCCCUACCCCAAUAGAAUCUGGACCUUCUUUUGAUAGACCCGCCUCACACAUACGCAACCCAGGCAAUGAUGUCGGUUAGUAGACACGACCCCUUACUGCUGAUUGGCUACAAGUUUGUUUCGGUACUUGGCCCGACUCCCAUUUCCAAAGUGUUUUUCAAAAAUCAUGCAUCCCGCCUUUAAGGAUAUAUUUGAAUUUAAACUAACCCUGAAAAUGAAUUUAGUUGGUAUGACCUCACAUAUUGACCUGAAUGAUGUUACAUGAUAAAACAAUUACAGUGCACAUUUUGUUAAGGUUUCUGAAAGAAUCAAGUAUCAAAGAUAUUCUCUUUGUUCCACACUGACAAGUUAUCCAUCUAAUGAUGAAGUUCAUUCACUCAUAAUAACAAAGCACAAAAUUACACGAGUUAAAUCACAUUGUUGUUUCUAGCAGGUAGUGAUCAUCAUCUAACAAUGUUCUGUUAUAUAUAUUUAUUAAGUUGCAUAGUUUGUCAUUUUAGACUUUGUUCAGUUGUCUAUUUGCUAGAAAGCGGUGAUGCACAAUUGCCUUAUAAAAAACAAAAGAUCAAUCUUACUUUGGAUUCUCCAUUUAUGAUAGCUAAGACAUAUUUUCAUAUUCAUAAAGUCAUAUUCAUAAUAUUUUUGUAAAUUGCGUUGUAAUGCAAUAUAUUGCACAGUGCACUCGCCCUAUACUAAAGUAUUAAAUUGCGACAGCCAGGGCAUUCUUAAAUAACAGGUAUUUUCAGGAUAUUCAUUAUGAAUCAAAAUUGAUAAAACAAGUAAAAACUGUUGCAUUUGAUAAAAGAUGUUUCUUUAAAAGGUAUUUAUUAAAACACUAAAUUAUUCUUGUUAAAAAGAAACGUGUAAAGUGAUUACAGAUUGGGAAAAUCUUCAAUAGUAAUUAUUCUGAUUAUAUAGGGGCUGGUUGUAUAAUUAGAAAAUUAUCAAAAAGUUGAUUUAUUUCACUAAUUCCAUUCAAAAAGUGAAACUUGUAUAUUAUAUUCAUUCAUUACACACAGACUGAUAUAUUUCAAAUGUUUAUUUCUUUUAAUUCUGAUGUUUAUAACUGACAACUAAGAAAAAUCCCAAAUUCAGUAUCUCAGAAAAUUUGAAUAUUACUUAAGACCAAUACAAAAAAGGAUUUUUAGAAAUCUUGGACAACUGAAAAGUAUGAACUUGAAAAGUAUGAGCAUGUACAGCACUCAAUACUUAGUUAGGGCUCCUUUUGCCUGAAUUACUGCAGCAAUCCGGCGUGGCAUGGAGUUGAUCAGUCUGUGGCACUGCUCAGGUGUUAUGAGAGCCCAGGUUUCUCUGAUAGUGGCCUUCAGCUCUUCUGGAUUGUUGGGUCUAGCAUAUCGCAUCUUUCUUUUCACAAUACCCCAUAGCUUUUCUAUGGGGUUAAGCUUAGACGAGUUUGCUGGCCAAUUCAGAACAGGGAUACCAUGGUCCUUAAACCACGCACUUGUACAUUGUAAAAAAAACUUUGCUGCCUUAAAAUUUUUUGUUAAAUCAACCCAGAUUUACAAGUCAUGUCAACAGAAAUUAGUUGUCACAACUUAUAAAAUAUAGUUGAGAAAAGUCAACUUAAAUUUAUAAGUUAUAACAACUCACCUGUAGUUAUAACAACUCAUCUCUAGUCAAGAUAAAUAAUAGUGCUUGUAAAUCCGAGUUGAUUCAACAAAACAUUUUAAAGCAGGAAAGUAUGUUUUACAGUGUAGCUUUGGCACUGUGUGCAGGUGCCAAAUCCUGUUGGAAAUUGAAAUCUGCAUGUCCAUAAAAUUGGUUAGCAGCAGGAAGCAUGAAGUGCUCUAAAACUUCCUGGUAUACGGCUGCGUUGACCUUCGACCUUAGAAAACACAGUGGACCAACACCAGCAGAUGACAUGGCACCCCACACCAUCACUGACUGUGGAAACUUUACACUGGACUUCAAGCAACGUGAACUGUGUGCCUCUCCUCUCUUUCUACAGACUAUGGGACUCUGAUUUCCAAGGAAAUGCAAAAUGUACUUUCAUCAGAGUGAGAACAUAACUUUGGACCACUCAGCAGCAGGCCAGAAGCGAGACACUUCUGAUGCUGUUUGUUGUUCAAGAGUGGCUUGACACAAGGAAUGCGACAGCUGAAACUCAUGUCUCGCAUACAUCUGUGUGUAGUGGAUCUUGAAGCACUGACUCCAGCUGCAGUCCACUCUUUGUGAAUCUCCCCCACAUUUUUUUAUGAUUUUUAUGUUUGACAAUCUUCUCCAGGGUGUGGUUAUCCCUACUGCUUGUAAAAAAAAUUCUACCACAUCUUUUCCUUCCCUUCGCCUCUCUAUUAAUGUGCUUGGACACAGAGCUCUUUGAACAGCCAGUCUCUUUUGCAAUGACCUUUUGUGUCUUGCCCUCCUUGUGAAAGGUGUCAAUGGUCAACUGUCAAGUGAGCUGCGUCCCCAUUGUGUAGCCUACAGAACUACUGUAGACUGAAGAUGUGUUCCAAUUCGGAGGCUGGGGCCUUCUAAGGACAUAUUCAAAAAUCCCAGCAGGGCGACUUGAGGCUAGUAAGGGCGUCCCAAUUCAAAGGAUGCUAAGAAUGAAGUCUCAAAAUGCGUCCUUAUUUCUCCGCGCUGUUAAGGAUAGAAUGAAUGGAUCCUUAAUAGUCAAGGCUAUCCCAAGAUUGAUUGCGUGCCUGCAUAUAACUGCAUUUAUUACACGGCUCUCUGGAAUGCUUGAUUCUGAUUGGUCAGUUGAGACAUUUGCAGGUUCGUUCUUUUCGAAUAAUAACCGCUCCAAAAUAAUAACGCAUAGCCGGUACUACUUUUACGAGUUAGAUCGCUCCGCGCCAAUAAAGAUUACUGUUUGUUUGGCGCCAUCUUGUGACAAACACUGGACAACCACGACAAGACACAGAGAGCUUACUGAGACUGAACUUGACAAAAUAGAGCAUGACAGCUACGAAGCCAACACACAAAAAAAUACAGAAUGGGCAUUAAAACUUCUCAAAGACUGGCUAAAAGAGAAAAAAAUGGAGACAGACAAGUAUGAAGCAGAGGAUCUUAAUAAGGUAUUACGAUCAUUUUAUGCAUCUGUGCAAAGUUUCGCGGAAGGAUAAAAAUGUUAAUUUAAAACAAAUAUGCCAAUAAAAUGUUUCAAAUUCAUAUUCAUGUCCAGUUUUUUUUCUUAUGUGACAAGUAGCCGUGUAAUAAGCGGGAUAAUGUAGAGUCAGCCGGUAGUUAUCGGGAAAUAAGCCCCUUCAGUGUGAUACAAGACCCUCCGCUUCGCGUCGGGUCCUGAUCACACUGUCGGGGCUUAUUUCCCGAUAACUACCGGCUGCCUCUACAUUAUCCCUUACAUAACGGCUGGAUAUUCUUAAAUAAACAAUUAAAACCUUUAUUAAAUAAAAGUGUGUAUUUAUCAGAAAUGUUUUUCUUGUCACUGUUUUAGUAAUAAAGUUAGUUAAGUUUUGUGUUAAUAUUAUUCUGUUUAUGUUGCGUAUAUUUCUAAGGUUGAUUAAUUUGAUAUACUGUUGAAUAGUUUAAUCUACAUCAAUGUGUCAAUAUUUUUCUGAUUUCAUUUAUUUUAAUAAGUCAAAAACCUCUCCGCCUGUGUCCUGCUGACAGGCGUGGUGGGCAUGUGCAGAAGGUGACGCAAAUUAUGGGUUCUCCGAAGGUUAGACUGAAUUUGGUAUUUUUCAAAAUAGAAAAGAAAAAAAAGAAAGAAACAUUUGAAAUGACUGUGUGUGUAAUGAAUGAAUAUAAUAUACAAGUUUCACUUUUUGAAUGGAAUUGGUGAAAUAAAUCAACUUUUUGACGAUAUUCUAAUUAUAUGACCAGCACUAUGUAUUAGUAAUGAAUAUUUUUGUUUUGAAAAUGGCUUAUUUAAGAAUCAUUUGCAGUGCACACACCUGGAACACUACACUGUAAAGUUGCUUGUUUUGUAGAAAUGUAGAAAAAAGUUUUAACCUUUUUCAUUGUUGCUAUUUGUACUUGUAAAUAUAUUUGCUGUAUAUACUGCUUUAUGUAUUAUGUGUGCAAACACAUUUGUGCACUAUUUUUUUGUUGUUGUGCUUUUAAAAACUGUAAAACGCCUGUGCUGUUUAAUAGCAGUACAAAACUGCCAGCUGUGUUUGCAAGUAGUCUACUGUUAAUUUACAGUUCUACUACUGCUAAUAUACAGCUCAUCUAUUUAAUAGUAUGUUACCAUAAUAAUACUAACUGAUGCCUUGGACCAUUCAAUUUUAAAAACGAAUGUUUAUUUGGUGUUAGUACUGUGAACUUGUGAGUCCAUUAAAAAACAAACAUUCCUCAAUAUAAAACGAAACUGAAAACACUUUAUUUUUAAUUUAAGUGAUAUAAUCAUGUUCACACAACACAAUUACUGCUUUUAACAAAGCAACAGGCAACAUAGAUCAACUUAUAUCCAAUGUACGCAAUAAUUACGCUAUAAUCGAACACUAUAAAUAUAAUAAGACAUAAUAAUUUAUUAUUUACAUAUUUUUUGUGGAUUUAUUUAUAUUUUUUUGCUCUUCUUUAAAGUUUUCUCUGUACAUGGGAAAAGGCUUUACAUGGAGUUGGUUUGGGCAUGUAUUAUUUAAAUUAUAUUACUUACUUUGUGCACACAUGCUCAUUCAGAACAUUCACUAGCAUAAAUUUUGGAACAAAUGUAUAUGUUGUCAAUUAGGUGGACAUUUUUUGUGAGAAGUUGAACUGACUUGUAAAUCUGAGUUGAUUCAACAGAAAACAUUAAGGCAGCAAAGAUUGUUUAUAGUGUGUUAAAAUACAUCACUAUGUUUACUUCAUCUUAGAUCUUUAACCCUUUUAACCACAGCAAAACAUUUGUUGUCAAAUGAACGAUGCUUAAAGUGUCCACUGUAAAAAGAGAAAAAGUAAUCAAUGCAGUGUUGCCAUUAAUGAGAUAAUGAAGUAAUGUUUCAGCGUAAGUGAUGAACACCUGCUGCUAACAAGACUGUGAAACUACAGUUUGAUACUACUGAAUCAGCUGGGCACAUAUAGACCAUUUCAAAAGAUGUAAACAACACUGGUCCAGAAGCACUUUCUGUUUCCGUUUUUUAACACUAGAUAAACAUUGGGAUAAAAUAAACCAACAGAACAUAUAAACCUGAAUUAACUGAAGGUAAACAAACAUCUUAAAGAUAAUAAUAUAUGUGAAAUAAAAAAAUAACUGUCACAAACUGUAACAGGAAGUGUUUCUGGACCAGUGUUGUUUACAUCAUUUGAACUGGUCUAUAAAGACAUUAAGAAACAUGAAACUCAACAAUGAUGACAGUCCAAAAAAAAAACAUUCAUGCCGCAUUAUAUGGCGAGCAUCAGCAUUAUAACAAACUUAUCCAUGACAACUCAUGAAUGGUGAUUGAUUUUUUUAUUAUUUUGAUGAUUGUCACCAUUGUUAAGGUUUGUAUUAUGAAUUUCUAUGUCUGUGGGCCAUAUUUAAACGAUCUAAGCAUGACCUGUUUUAGUUGGACAAUGAUGCAGUCAUUUUUAGUUGCCUCAAGAUAGCAAUGUGCCUACAAUGCGCCUGAACACAUUUCGUUUAGUCAUUUGCUAUUUAAUCAACAUGCCGGUGGAUGUGAAAAUGAUAAAUGCGUCAUAGCCAUAACAUUUUUACAAGUCCCUAAUGGUCUCAUUGUUACCUACAUUAACCUAUGUUUCAUUUUUUAAACAUCUGUUUUUUUCACGUUUCUGAUCGAAACGUUUCUGGUGAAAAAUAAUUCUCUUAAAGGGAUAGUUCACCCAAAAAUGAAAAACAUUUACUCACCCUCAGUUGUUCUAAAUCUGUACUGUAUAAAUGUCUAUGUUCUGCUAAACAUCUUUUAUAUAAAAGGAAGAUAUUUUGAGCAAUGUUUAUAACCAAACCAUUUUUGAGCACCAUUGGCAUAGUAUUUUUUCUGCACUAUGGAAGUCAGAGGAGAUCCUGUUUCUGACUUGUUUUUAAAUAUCUUCCUUUGUGUUCAGCAAAACAAAUACAUUCAUACAGGUUUGGAACAACUUGAGGGUAAGUAAAUGAUGACAGAAUAUUUAUUUAAGUCAAAAUACAAAUACCUGAGACAGCUUUAAGGUUAAGCUUAUUCAUAUUUGGCAAUAUGAAUCUAUUCUAAAUUCCAUGUCCUUUUCAUGAGCUCCAUGAAAAGUUAGAAAAGGAAUGUAUGCAGCAUCAGGGGAGACUCCCAGUCUAAGACACAAGAGAAAUCCCCCUUGAGAACAGAGCAUGCAUGCAACAGUGAUAACAAAAUAAACUUGAUAAUGUUUAAACACAAGUUAAAGGAGUUGUUUGGUAGGAGGUGGGUUGCAAGCAGUGUGUUUAAAAGGUUGUUUGCCAAUUAGGGGCACAUGACUUAAAUCAACUGGCAUGGCUGGGUUUGACUGAGGGCAGAGCUUGACUACAAGACCUGCCUGAACUAACACAGAUGCUUGAUUUUUGGUUGAACUAUUCCUUUAAUGAAAGUCAAAUGAAGAGCACAACAAACACUCAUCACCAUAUUAGUGUUUUCCAAGUAAACAUCAACAAAACGUAUUAAAUGUUAAUUCCCAGUACAAGCUUUUUUUAAAAGAAAUAAACUGGUUUGUAAUAAGUAAUGGUAAUGGUGUUUGCAGAGUUGUUUAAUGUUCCUCUGGUGAGACCUUGAGAGAUUUAAUGGGUUCUGUUAUUUGCAAGUGAUGUUCAUUAUUCAGUUUUUGUGGCUGUAAAACUGUUGCUGUUGUGUUCAUCUCUUGUCUUUGUUUCUGUUCUUGUUCACAUGAUUCUGUGAUUCUGCUUGUUAGCAGCAGGUGUUCAUCAUUAAUGACGAAGAUUAAUAUAUAGUUUUUAAAAUUUCUACAGUACUGUUUUUGUUGGAAAACAGGAUUUUACUGUAGAAUUUUUCAAUUUCUUUCACAGCAUUUUUAGUGUAGCCUAGUUUAAUAUUAUUACAGUAUCAUUUUUACUGACCAGUAGCAUAUCUACAUUAGAUGGAGGGGGCGCUGUUGUGCAAAAUGUGUGGGAUAACAAAAUAAUACUAAUUUAUAUUAUAUAAAUAUCAUAUUUAUAUUAUAUUAAUCAUUGUUUAUUUUAUGUCUAUUAAGUUAGAAAAUAAUAGUUAUAUUUUUUGUUAUUACGUUUAUUAUUAUUAUUAUAUUUAAGCAAUUAAAAUGGUCCUCUAUGUAUUUUGCCUGAAGAUUUGGAGAACGUCAUGCGCAUGCAUAACAAAUGUAUUAUACCAAAGGAACAUAUUAACCUUGGCAAGUAAUUCAGCAAGAACCAUAAAAAUGAUUUAAACAUUGAUAUGAAAUGCAAUAGGUCAGGGAAGGUUAAAUGCUCCUGCUAUUGUUUUCAUUAAAAUGAAUUCAGCAGAGCUAAACUGGUGAGUCAAGCAAGGUUUUUUAAUCAUUUGUUGGUUAGUCAGCUUGAAGCACUGUUCAAUUUAGUUAAUGUUAUGAGAUGUGAUCUUGAUGAUAGAUUAUGCAGUCUAUUAUAUAGCCUUUAUUUUCACAGAUUAACUUUAAUUUGCUGUAUGACUUUCAUGUGUUAUUGGUGAUUUGUAAUAAAUUAUUAUUAGGGACAUUUGUGCAUAAUGGUCUAAACUGCUUAACUGCAAAACACUGAACUUUAUGUUGUUUAGGUACACUUCGGUAUUGACAUAUUAUAUGUAUUAAUUUAUGUUUCAUGCUUUUAUUUUGCUUUAAACUUAAAAGAAAAUAUAUAUAUAUAGAACACUUUAAAAAUAAACCAUGAAUUUAAAAUUAUAAGAGACUGUGAACUCAGAAUACAUUAUACUUGUUGGAGCCUAUACCAACAUGUAUUUGUUAAAUGUUUGUUUUUAAUAUUGUAUUGUUAUUCAUUCAUCCUGUGAAAAUGUUAUAGAUGCCUGUUCAGAUAACAACCUCUGUUGUCCUGAUAGCAAAAGUUGUUGCUAUAUUCACCUACUUGCCUUAACGUAAUCUGUUAUGAGAUGUGUACUGGUUUUGUUGAACUUUGCAUGUGUAUCUUUGUUAUGUGAGAGACAUACACUCAUCUAACGGAUUAUUAGGAACACCAUACUAAUAAUGUGUUUGACCCCCUUUUGCCUUCAGAACUGCCUUAAUUCUAGGUGGCAUUGAUUCAACAAGGUGCGGAAAGCAUUCCUUAGAAAUGUUGGCCCAUAUUGAUAGGAUAGCAUCUUGCAGUUGAUGGAGAUUUGUGGGAUGCACAUUCAGGGCACGAAGCUCCCACAUCCCAAAGAUGCUCUAUUGGGUUGAGAUCUGGUGACUGUGGGGGCCAUUUUAGUACAGAAAACUCAUUGUCAUGUUCAAGAAAACUAUUUGAAAUUAUUUAAGCUUUGUGACAUGGUGCAUUAUUCUGCUGGAAGUAGCCAUCAGAGGAUGAGUAGAUGGUGGUCAUAAAUGGAUGGACAUGGUCAGAAACAAUGCUCAGGUAGGUUGUGGCAUUAAAACAAUGUCCAAUUGGCACUAAGGGGCUUAAAGUGUGGCAAGAAAACAUCCCCCACACCAUUACACCACCACCAGCAUCCUGCACAGUGGUAACAAGGCAUGAUGGAUCCAUGUUCUCAUUCUGUUUACGCCAAAUUCUCACUCUACCAUCUGAAUGUGUCAACAGAAAUUGAGACUCAUCAGACCAGGCAACAUUUUUCUAGUCUUCAAAUUCCAAUUUUGGUGAGCUCGUGCAAAUUGUAGCCUCUUUUUUCAAUUUGUAGUGGAGAUGAGUGGUACCCAGUGAGGUCUUAUGCUGUUGUAACCCAUCCACAUCAAGGUUGUGCGUGUUGUAGCUUCACAAAUGCUUUGCUGCAUACCUCGGUUGUAACGAGUGGUUAUUUCAGUCAAAGUUGCUCUUCUAUCAGCUUGAAUCAGUCGGCCCAUUCUCCUCUGACCUCUAGCAUCAACAAGGCAUUUUUGCAUACUGGAUGUUAUUCCCUUUUCAUACCAUUCUUGUAAACCCUAGAAAUGCUUGUGUGUAAAAAUCCCAGUUACUGAGCAGAUAGUGAAAUACUCAGACCGGCCCGUCUGGCACCAACAAUCAUGCCACGCUCAAAAUUGCUUAAAUCACCUUUCUUUCCCAUUCUGACGUUCAGUUUGGAGUUCAGGAGAUUGUCUUGACCAGGACCACACCCCUAAAUGCAUUGAAGCAACUGCCAUGUGAUUAGACAAUUGCAUCAAUGAGAAAUUGAACAGGUGUUCCUAAUAAUCCUUUAGGUGAGUGUAUUAUUAUUAUAAGCACUAGGUAUAGUAAUGUCACUCUGAUGCCCCCUAAAGGAUGUAAUUUAAAAUGCAUUUUAGUAGUUCUGUAAAUAAGUAAAGCAGGUGCAUUUACUGUAUCACGGUAUAAUGCCCACAGCGUCAUUGUUUGUAGAUUUGUUGCAAUCAGCUGUAAGCAAAAAGACAAAUUCAUAAAAAUAAGAUUUUGGUGUGCUUAAUGACAUAAUGUAGACUGUUAUGCCUACCUUCUUUACUCGCACAGCUGUCUUUAGUGAGGAAUAAUAAUUAUUAGAAAUGUUCUGCUUAAAAUUUUAAAAUCAUUUAAUGGUGUUUCAGAAAACAAUAUUCUAUAACCGGCACAAAAAUUUGCAAUACAUAAAAACAUAAAAAGCCAACAAUAAAAAAAGACAUCAUAGUAAUAAAAUACAAACAACAUACAGGAAGCAACCUUUUUACAAAUGUAAAAACAUGAUUAGCUGCAUUAUGCUGUAACAUUGUGUAAAACAUUCAAAAAGAUUAUAAAUCUAUUCCCAAUAAAAAUCCUUUGAUAUAUUAGUAUUCUAAACACUAUUAUUAUUCGGUGAAUGGUGUGCUUCAUGUGGUUUUAAAUAAGACAAACACUCACAAUUGACACAUGUAGUUUGCCUUAAAUACCACUGUAAUGUAUUAUAUCACUAAUAUUUCCAUUAAAGCAACAUUGAAUAUACUAUACAUCUAUUUUCCAUACUUUUUCUACAGUACAUGUUACUUACACAUUUACACACUUUUUACAUUUACAAGAGAAAGAACAACAAGAAAAGCUAUCAAAUCUAAUUGUCUGCAUGGGUUUAGGUAAUGUUUAGCCAGCAGCCUGUAUAUAUGUAGGACAAAGACAUCGUUAUGAUGUAGUUGAUUAUUUGUAGGUAAAAAAAGUUGUGCAGGUUAUCUGUCUCUGGGUGAGGCAUGGAAAGAUCCAAACCCAGUUUCAAUGGUGGACCUGUAUUAGGGUGGUCUUGUAAAAUAAAUGUAUGUGCAGUACAAAGAAUUGUUAAAAAACUUUCAAUAAACUUGAACACAAAAUUAUACUGUAUAACAACCAAGUUAGCUGUUUGCCUUAAAACUUUCAACAAUAUUAGUUUUAUUUUUUUUCAACGAAUAUUUUAAGUUAAAUUAACUAAAAUAUUUAAGGCAACCAGGCAAACUUACUUUUUUAAAGUUUAACUAAUUUUUUUUAGAGUUUACUGUAUUGAGAAAUCCAAAGUCGCUUAUUUAAAAAAAAGAGUGCAAAUGGUUGUUGGCUUAAUGUCAGACUAGAUGAUACUAGAUCUCUUUUUUGUGGUGUGACAGCUGUUUUUGUUUGUCUGAAAACAAUAAUAUUGCUGCACAUCAAUACAAUAAGCCACCUACUUGUGUUGUAUGCUUUAAUGGCCACAAAUGACAGAAAAGCAUGCAUCGUUUGCAGCGAAUCUGAGAACUUUACAUUUAAACAUCACAUUGCAGAGAAAGGUUUUGUGUUAUUUUAACAUGUACACUGAAAAGUACUCUCUGCAUAAUCUCUGCAUUAAGCAUCCACAGUGUAUCGCUCCAGCAUCUUUACUCUUAUAACACUGAGCAAAGUGUAAUGCUUCACACUGUCAUUAAACAAGAAUUACAGAGAAUGAUAUACAGAUGUAGUGAAAAUGCGAAGGGUAUAUUUAAUGAUUAUUAUUAAAUUAUUCAUAUUUUAUAUUUCUGUCAUCGCUUCAUUAUAAGUCAGGUUAAAAUUCAGAUUAAUUUGUAAACACUUAGCUUAAUCAUUCUGCAUAAUUCUUGAUAGCUUAUGGAGUUACUAAAAAAAUCUAUUUCGUAAAUAAGUAGUGAUCAUAUGAAACAUACCUGUAUAACAUAUUUAUAAUUAUGUGCCUUUUCUUUUUUCCAGUUAUCGUAUGAAAACAAGGCAUUUUGUUUGUGAUGGAUCCAUCAAAAACUAUAAUCACAAUGCUUCACAAAGAUUAGAUCUAAAUAUAAACAGUUUGUUAAAUAAAUUUGGAAGUAAGAUGCAGCAUGUCUGCAACACAUCCUCACCCCAUGUCGUCAAUAUUUGACGACACUUGGCCAUUCGUCAAUAUGUGAC